GCGAGGGCUGCGGCGGCGGCGGCGGGGCCUGUCGCCGGGGAGCUGCCGCUCAGAUAUGGUCCUGAACAUUGUGAGCACAUGACAUCAAAGAUGGACAACUGGAUCUGUUAUCUGUUGUGAUUGGCCUUAAGCUGACUUAAAACCAUUGAAGAACUUAACAGGAUAUCUUUCAUUCCUGAUUUCUGCCUAUCUAAUUGCCUCACACCACCGGCUUAAUCAUGUAUGGAAGUGCUCGGUCAGUUGGUAAGGUUGAACCAAGCAACCAGAGUCCAGGGCGUUCACCAAGGCUGCCACGGUCACCACGUUUGGGCCAUCGUCGAACCAACAGCACAGGAGGCAGUUCUGGGGGUAGUACUGGGGGUGGGAGUGGGAAAACCCUUUCUAUGGAAAACAUUCAGUCCUUAAAUGCUGCCUAUGCUACAUCUGGCCCUAUGUAUCUUAGUGACCACGAGAACGUGGGUGCGGACACCCCAAAAAGCACCAUGACUUUGGGCCGGUCUGGGGGGCGGCUGCCUUACGGUGUUAGGAUGACUGCAAUGGGUAGCAGCCCUAACAUUGCCAGUAGUGGAGUUGCCAGUGAUACUAUUGCAUUUGGAGAGCACCAUCUCCCUCCAGUGAGUAUGGCAUCCACUGUGCCUCACUCACUGCGCCAGGCCAGAGAUAACACAAUCAUGGAUCUGCAGACACAACUCAAAGAAGUCUUAAGGGAAAACGAUUUACUUCGCAAGGAUGUGGAGGUGAAGGAAAGCAAGCUGAGUUCUUCUAUGAACAGUAUCAAGACCUUCUGGAGUCCUGAGCUAAAAAAGGAGAGAGCUCUGAGGAAAGAUGAAGCUUCAAAAAUCACCAUUUGGAAGGAACAAUACAGAGUUUUGCAAGAAGAAAACCAGCAUAUGCAGAUGACUAUCCAGGCUCUCCAAGAUGAGCUUCGGAUCCAGCGGGAUCUGAACCAGCUGUUCCAGCAGGACAGCAGCACUAGAACCAGUGAGCCCUUGGUGGCAGAGCUAACAGAAGAAAACUUCCAACGACUUCAUGCAGAGCAUGAACGCCAGGCCAAGGAACUCUUCCUGCUACGUAAAACCCUAGAAGAGAUGGAACUGCGUAUUGAGACACAGAAACAGACCUUAAAUGCACGCGAUGAGUCCAUCAAAAAGCUGCUGGAGAUGCUGCAGAGUAAAGGUCUGUCAGCAAAAGCCACUGAGGAAGAUCAUGAGCGAACAAGACGGUUGGCUGAGGCAGAGAUGCAUGUGCACCACUUGGAGAGCCUUCUUGAACAGAAGGAAAAGGAAAACAACAUGCUGAGAGAGGAGAUCCAUCGUCGAUUUGAAAAUGCUCCUGAUACAGCCAAGACAAAAGCUCUGCAAACUGUUAUUGAGAUGAAGGAUUCAAAAAUUUCUUCCAUGGAGCGUGGCCUCCGGGAUUUGGAAGAGGAGAUUCAGAUGUUGAAGUCAAAUGGAGCUCUGAGCACAGAGGAACGUGAAGAGGAAAUGAAGCAAAUGGAGGUGUACCGUAGUCAUUCCAAAUUCAUGAAAAAUAAGGUAGAGCAACUGAAGGAAGAGCUAAGUGCCAAAGAGGCCCAAGGGGAGGACCUGAAAAAAAGAGUGGCUGGUCUCCAGGCCGAGAUUGGUCAGGUAAAACAGGAGCUGUCACGCAAAGACACUGAGUUGCUGGCCUUGCAGACAAAGCUGGAGACGCUCACAAAUCAGUUCUCUGACAGCAAGCAGCAUAUUGAAGUUCUGAAAGAGUCUCUUACAGCUAAAGAGCAAAGAGCUGCCAUCCUACAGACAGAGGUGGAUGCAUUACGAUUACGCCUGGAAGAGAAGGAGACGAUGCUAAAUAAGAAGACAAAGCAGAUUCAGGAGAUGGCAGAGGAGAAGGGGACUCAAGCAGGAGAGAUUCAUGACCUCAAGGACAUGUUAGAGGUGAAGGAACGCAAAGUUAAUGUUCUGCAGAAGAAGAUUGAAAAUCUUCAAGAGCAGCUAAGAGACAAGGAGAAGCAAAUGAGCAGCUUAAAGGAUCGAGUGAAAUCCUUGCAGGCUGACACCACCAAUACUGACACUGCCUUGACCACGCUGGAAGAAGCACUGGCAGAAAAAGAAAGGACCAUUGAGCGCCUAAAGGAGCAACGUGACAGAGAUGAACGAGAAAAACAGGAAGAGAUUGACAAUUACAAAAAGGACAUUAAGGACCUGAAAGAGAAAGUCAGCAUUUUACAAGGAGAUCUCACAGAAAAAGAGACAUCUCUACUGGAUCUGAAGGAGCACGCUUCAUCCUUAGCAUCAUCAGGACUGAAGAAAGAUUCAAGACUCAAGACACUAGAAAUUGCAUUGGAACAGAAAAAGGAAGAAUGUUUGAAGAUGGAAAAUCAAUUGAAGAAGGCUCAUGAGGCAACACUGGAGGCAAGGUCCAGCCAAGAGCUGAGUGAUCGUAUGCAGCAGCUGGAAAGGGAGGUAACGCGGUAUCGGGAAGAAUCUAGCAAGGCUCAAGCUGAAGUGGAUCGUCUUCUGGAAAUCUUGAAAGAGAUGGAAAAUGAGAAGAAUGAUAAGGAUAAGAAGAUAGCCGAACUGGAGAGCCUCACCUCAAGGCAAGUUAAAGAUCAGAACAAGAAAGUAGCAAAUCUGAAGCAUAAAGAGCAAGUGGAGAAAAAGAAGAGUGCACAGAUGCUGGAGGAGGCCAGGAGACGAGAGGAUAAUCUCAAUGACAGCUCCCAACAGCUUCAGGACAAUCUACGUAAAAAGGAUGAUCGGAUUGAAGAAUUGGAAGAGGCACUCAGAGAAAGUGUUCAGAUAACUGCAGAGCGGGAAAUGGUGCUAGCACAAGAGGAGUCAGCCAGGAUCGAUGCUGAGAAACAGGUAGAAGAGCUGAUGAUGGCCAUGGAGAAGGUUAAGCAGGAGCUAGAGUCAAUGAAAGCAAAAUUGUCCUCUACACAGCAGUCCUUGGCUGAGAAGGAAACCCAUUUGACCAACCUACGAGCUGAAAGAAGGAAACAUUUGGAGGAAGUCCUGGAGAUGAAACAAGAAGCCCUUCUUGCUGCCAUUAGUGAAAAAGAUGCCAAUAUUGCUCUGCUAGAACUUUCAUCCUCUAAGAAGAAGACCCAAGAUGAAGUGGCUGCACUGAAACGAGAGAAGGACCGUCUUGUGCAACAGCUCAAGCAGCAGACUCAGAAUCGUAUGAAGCUGAUGGCUGACAACUAUGAGGAUGACCACCUCAAAUCCUCAUCCCAUUCCAACCAAACCAACCACAAGCCCUCCCCUGACCAGAUAAUUCAGCCCCUCUUAGAACUUGAUCAGAAUCGGAGCAAGUUGAAGUUGUACAUUGGACAUCUGACAGCCCUCUGCCAUGACCGUGACCCCCUGAUUCUGCGUGGACUCACCCCACCUGCUUCCUACCACCUGGAUGAUGACCGGGCAGCUUGGGAGAAAGAGCUGCAGAAGAUGACCCAGGAGCAGCUCCAUGUGGAGUUAGAAAAGGGCGAGAAGGAAAGCGUGGAGCUGCAGGAGUUCGCCAAUGCCAUCUUACAGCAGAUAGCAGAUCACUGCCCUGACAUCCUGGAGCAAGUCGUCAAUGCACUUGAGGAGUCGUCAUGACCUCGGCCACUUAGCCUCACUGAGAGCACCCUCGUGGCCAAGCCCAGUCCAGUCCAAGGAGCAAUGAGAGUGGAUAGGAAUGUGAAAGACAGAACAUGGAAUAUAAACUUCUGGUGCACCUUUUACAAAGAAAACAAAAGCAAAAAAAACCCUCUGAAACUACGUGCUCUCUAGGUUCUUCCAGUCUAUGGUUAAUCAGUCAUGUUUCGUUCAUCUGCUCACUGCCUUUCUACUUUAGAAUCUGAUUCCCCAUUGACUUUGUUGAUAGUGACAUUUGGAUACAGCUAACCAGAGCUCUUCCAAGUCUACUGAGCAAAGAAGAGGGGAUCCACUGAAUAUAAGGAGCUCUCGUUCACCAUGAGGUUGCAGAAGGGCAGCCCUUGCCUUCCUUUCAUUCAUUUAUUGCUUCUUUUUUCUUUCUCUUUUUCUUCUUUCACUUUGUUUUGUUGGGGUUUUUUUGUGUUAUGUUGUUGUUGUUGGGGUUUUUUUGUUUCGUUUUUCAUAAAAGCUGAAAGUCUGAAUUUCACAGUGCUAAAACCAAACCUGAGUGUGCUCUGAUUAUGGCUUAUGACUGGCCAGCAUCAGCUAACUCAGGUCUUACUGCCUGUCUCAGUGUUUCAUAUAUUCUUAAAUAACAGAGAGAGGAAAGGAAAGUUUCCCUGUUUCUUCCUUUUAGUCAACUUCAUCUAGCAGCUGGGAAACAAGGUAGGCAUACUGGUACUUUCUGUUUGCUUAACUUGGAUUUUUAUUGUUCGCUGAUCUGACUCAGAAGUGCUGAGUGGGGCAUUUUUUCAGGUAACUGUUUUCAUCGUUGAUUUCUUGGGUUUUUUUUUUAGCUGAGGUUUCUUAUCAUAGGUCUUUGUCUCCUAAGUUCUUGUUUUAUAGAGAGCUCUCUCCCUUCGAGCAGAUGUGGUCAACAGGUCAGAUCCAAGCUUUAACUUGUAUAGUUUGUCCAUUGCCAAUUUUUCAGGCCAUAGCUUUGUGAACACUAGCUCCCUAGUGUAUGAGAAUAGUCUUAGGCAUUUUGUAAAUGAGAAAAUUGCAUCAUUUAGCUUAAAAGUAUAAUUUUAAAGCUAAGUUAGGUAAAUUGGUAACCUAGUUCUUACUGUAAUUGUAAUUUAAUUUAUUUUGGCUUAGCUUAGUUUGACAAGGAAUGAGUUUGAGUUCAGAGCAAUAACCCAUUCUUAUAAAGAAGAGCAUCUUUGCUGGAUUUGGCACCCAGCUGAGAAGAUAAAUAUAAAAAUCACAGCUUUAGUUAAACCAGUGCAAUUCUUAUAUGUAUAUGAGAGGCCUUAGUCUUGUUCCCAUCCAUCUUUGACACUCAUUGAAGCUCCUGCUAAUAGGUAAUAUGACCUGAAAUAGCAGGUUGGUUUGUCAUUGUGGUAGCAAGUCAGAAUCCUAUUUUAUGAGUAGGACUUGGGUGUUCAUUCUUGGUCUAUGCAUUAAUGGGGAGUCACUUUUUUUUUUCCUGGCUACCAAUGGUUAUGUGUGUCUGGGGGCAUCUGCAGGACAGACCCCUUCAACAUCUCCCCUUAUGUUCCUUAAAGGAGUUGUUCCCCUUCAGCUUUCUCAUGUUGCUUAAGAGAACAAGGGGAGGGGAAAGGAGACCAAAUAUCAACACUGCAGUGGAAGAAAUCUUGGUUUUCUAAUCACUAGCUAAUUAUGAAUCCUCUCAGUAAGCCUUCCAUUCAGAGCCUGCAAUUUAAUUCCAUAUGACUUAGUACAUUUUGAGCUUAAUCACUAAACUUAUGCUAAGGAAAAUGUUCCAAGCCCUUUCAGGAAAACUGCAUUUCUUACAUCUUUCAAAUCUACAGCACGGUUCCCUUUCACAGGUCUUUUAGACCUUAUUUGGAUCUUAAGCAGUGACCAACUGCUUCCAAAUAGAAAGGAGAUCAGCAAAAGUUUGAGUAAGGGAAGAUGUACCCUGUCUUUUUUUUCCAACAAGCACUGUAAGUUAGGCAAAAUUGAAACCUUAAAUACCUGUAGACUCUGUUGAAAUCUAACAGAUUUAAAAUAAAUCACAUCCCAAUUCAUUCUCCUGUAAUGAUUCAGCAGAAGGAACUGUAUCCAUAACCAUGGUGACCACUAGGAAGAAAUAUGUAAGUCUCCAAAUAAGAGGUGAUUCACACCUUUUCCAGGUUUUGAACUGCCAGUGCUUUGCAAAUCAGGAUAAGUAACUUUAGUUCUGGCUGUAGUAGCAGCCUGUGUCUCAUCUUUUUUUUGUCAUGGAUGAGGAGGGUCAUGGGAACCUGAAUGUGUGCAUGGAGGGAACACCGGAAGGCAUGUAGACAGUGAGUGUACAUACCACUGAGUCGUGCCUCAUCCCAGAACCACCCCUUUGGUCCCAUUAUUUGAGUCAGCAUGUUUCGAUAGGAGCUGUUGUUUUGAAAUCUUCCCUCUUGCUUUUUCUUCAUCACCCCUAAUUACUCACUCAAGGAAUUUAAUGCCGCCUGUAAAAGCAUCAGAGCCAUCAGCCUAACAUCAUCACACCACCACCACCACUCCUGACUAUCUCAUUAACUUAUAUGGUCAAAUCUCCAGCUGCCCUGGUUCCCUGCUGUAAAACAAUCCCUCCUCUGUGAGAAGCUGUGGAAUUUCCCUUAUCGAUGGUUCAAAUGACUCCCACUUGUAAACCUCUUACUGAGAUGUUCCUUGAUAGCGUUUCUGCUGCAGGCAGGGGGAGGGGAUGGGAACAAGAGGUGAUCACUUAGGGAUGUUAUUUCAAUUCCCCGGUUUUUCUGCAUUGCCCACACAUUGCAGGAAAGCUGCAAGUUUCAGUGCUGGUUCUUCUGCAUCUUUAACUCAGCUGUCAGACUGGGGCUGCAUUUCUGGAGUUAAAAGUGCCCCAGCCAAAGGCACGUUGCUGUCAUGACAGCGUGUGCAGGAUUGGCAGCCAGGUGAAUGUCACUGUUUACAUAUCUCCCAGCCUCUUCCCUGAGAGGAUUUGUCAAGCCUGGCUAGUUUUCACGCUGGCCAUUUGGUCUUUUAUCUCCCAGCCACACACCUGCUGUUUCUCCUGUCUGGAUUGUUGGGCCUUUUCAGUUUUUCUCGUUAACCACUGUUAUCUUCUAAGUCUUCUAGGCUUCCCAUCUUAAACAUUGAUCUUAGACCUCAGUAAAGGGCUUUCAGGGAGAGAGCAGAUCUCAUUUAGGAGCAGACUUGAUCCAACUUAUCUCUAUUGAACUAUUUCAGGUAAUCUCUAUGAACCUGUGUCAACAGAGAUCUUGUCAUAGUGAAUAUAGCUUGAGGAACUGUGUGAUUUGGGAGGUGCUGCUGGCCACAAUUUAACGCUGAAUGUGACCAGUGAAAGCUUUUUCUUUUUGCUUGUGUGGAGUGCCACACCAUUGGCCUUAUGGCAACAAAGGGAUUUUGUUAUCAUAAUCCAUCACAAAAUUGCAUAUUAGGCACAUGGCAGAUGAGCAGUAUGUAUGCACAUACUGUGAUGCUCAUCCAGUUGCCUAACCCAUCGCUGCUCUUCUAAAAUCUUAUACCCAGGUGUCAGCAGCCAGGCAAAUGCAGUUUCCUAGCACACAAGUCCUACAAAGCAGCAGCUCUGGGAAAUUCAGGGACCCUUCCCAGGGAGCCUGGGGAAACUUGCUUUUCCUUCUCCUGUUGAAUGGUGUUCCAUUUGCUUCGGGAACUGUGAAAGUUUUAAUUACUCUAAAGUGUUUUGUUUUUUUUUCUUUCAAGCUGUCAUUUCUAGAGAAACUGAGAGAUGUAAGGACUUGAGGAGCUAUCUUCAGAAAAUUAGAUAGGUCAUUUGAGCUGGGUUUGGGCUAAAAAAUAACUCAAGCUUGAAGCCCACAUACAGGGUAAAAGCUGACACCCCAGCCAUGCUUGUUCAUUACGUUCACAAGUCCCAGUACAUCUUUUCCUCUGAAUCCAGCUUCAUGUAAAACACUAAAAGGACAUUACAACACUAGAAUUGCAGGGUGAGGACAUGAGCACUGUUUGCAAUUGGAAGAAGAAUUGCUUGGCGUGCUCCCAAACGAAGCUCUGAGCUUCUAGUAUUCUCUCUCAUUUUGACUGCCUUUAACCAGCUUUCCCUCUAGAAAAUGCCAAACCCUCUUUAGAGUAUCUGAUUUUUGCCAAGUCCAGGGGAUGGAUGGUGAAGGUUUGACGUGAUGUACAAAACUGUGUGUGCAGUUUCUGGUUGCAGGCCUGGAAUAUCCCUUCUCUAACCAAUCAUGUUGGUACUUCAGGGCUCUCGGUAUUUUGCACAAGGGAGCAUUAAUGUCAUAAGUCUCAUAGAUACAUGUUUCGCAAACCAAAGGGGCACCACUUUUCAUUUGCCCUGUAAUUCCCACCCAUUCUGCUGCUAACGCUCAAUUUGUUGGGAAACUUCUACAACAGGUAGAAGGUUGACAGGGUUGAGUCCCCACUCCUGUACUAAUUACCAGUCGUUGCCGCUGCAGGGGUCUUUUUGCAAAGGACAUUGAGAGUCACGUGCUGAUACCAUUUUAAAGCAAAAACGUCACUGUGUGAGUAGUGUGUGUAGUCCUCAAAUGGCUCCAAUGAAAUGCAAAAGGGAAAUAGUACAGUCAAGGUGUCUGAUGUUUAAGGAAGCCUCUACUCAGCUCAACGCCCGCACGGAAAGAGGGAAUGGGAGAGGAUGUGGAAGGCUGUGGAUAACUAACACUGCCCCAGCGAAGCUGGUGGGGUGGGAGGGUCAGGCAGGGGGCAUCACCCUUGGCAAGGCCAGCUCUGCCAGCCUGUCUUGUCAGCAUGGCAAGAAAGAGUGUCAGGGGGGUUUUAAACAAAAUAAUGUUUUUAAUUGUUUUUUUCCCACAUAAAUGGAAGGAACCUUACGCAACAGCAAAUCUUUCUGAACAAAAUGGCUGUGUCUGCUGAGUAUUUUAAAAAAAAGAAAAAAAAAGAAAAAAAAAAAAAAGAAAAACUGUUUCAAGACUUUUUAGUGUCAAAAGCAUAAACACAGAAAUCCUGACUUUUUCCAGUGUGUGUGGUGAGUGCUGUAACCCUGUCAUCAGUAUCUCUCCUGACUUUUUCAGGGGUGUUCUUUCCUGUUUUGUUUUCUGCUUGUCGAUAUUGUCUGUGUGGUCCUAAGGCUGGGGCAGUUACCAACAAUGUGUGUCUGUUGUCGGAUUAAAAAAAGAUAGUAGUAGAACUGAAAAAGAUGUGUUUUAAAAUAUAUAUAAAAAAUAAAUUUCAUCAAAAGGAAUUCAAGUAAAAGAAGCAACAAAGCCGUGACUCCUCCUCUUGGGAUUGUACGGAAAAGGAUUUGUGGGCUUAUAAUUAUAACCAGUUGCCUUUCACAGGCUUUUGAGGUCCAAGGCAGCUUGGCCUCUUAGGAAAUGUUACAAACCCUGUAUAAAUUCCUGCUUUCCCAGGUUUAUACUGUACGUGUGUAAUACAGAAAUGGGCAGAAUGAAACUAUUUUUGGAAAUCAGUCUUUUCUGGUAACAGUUAUCAACACUAGGUGUCCAUUAAGAUAAGAACCACUGAUGUAAAUGGGCCAUAUGCUUUGUCCAGACCUUCCUUGUCUUCUCAGUCACACCCGUCGAUACCAGGGACACGUGCAAGUGCAGAUCAGCUGGUGCAGGUGGUUGUGUGUAGGUCCAUUAUCAAAGUUGUGUUUCUUUUUGUUGGGUAGUGGUCACGCAGGUGCUGUGGGUUAUGGUCCAGGAGAGGACUAGCAGUCACCUUCUGCUGUGCUUGCAUCAAAGACUUGCACUGCCUAGAAUGAACAACGUGAGGCUAAAUGAGAACAUAACGUGAACAAAAAGAGCCACGCAAGUCACUUCACCUGUCAGACUGGGUAAAGAAUUUCACUAAAAGAAUGUAUUUUAAUAUCAAAGUAUGCUGUUUGUCCCUGUUUUGCACUUCUAAAGUGGAUCUUGAAAAUUAAGUCAAUCAGUUUUGGUUUUAAAUAAAUGUUUCCACUUUAGGUUUUCAGUGCUUUCAUGGGGCUUUUAGUUCAAAACAUUGUUUUUCAUUUGGAAACUGGCAAAAAAAAUUUGAUCUAUCAGUCACAGGUAGUCUUAUUUGUUCUAAAAUGUAGUUAUUUAAAAGCCAAAUUUGAUGCUAAAUUUUACACGUAGGCAUGGCUCCUUUAAUCUACCCCAUCUUCCCAGCUCUCUGUGAACACUGCCAAGUCUCUGUCUGCCCGGUGCCUGCCCAGGGACAGCUGCAUUGGGCCCUUUCUGACACACUUGUUACAGUUUAUCUGGGGAGGCUUUAGUGGCAGAUAUCUUUUAUCUGUUCAAAUGCUGAGGGAGGAUAAAUCAAAUGGGACCACGAACAGGGGGGUGAUUUCUGUGCUAGCCUAACCGUGCUGCUCAAGCCCACUAAAACACUACCUUGCCAUUUCCCUCCAAGCCGGUAAAUGAGGAGAGCCGCACGCUGGGUUCACAAACUGUUUGUGGGGUUAAAAGAAAGUAUGUGGGAUCCUCCAUCCACUCCACAGACUCAAAUGCCUCAUUUGCUUUGAAAGAGAUGUGUUGCACUUUAGCAGAGGAGGAGACAGGUUUUGGGGAUGUGAUCUAGAGUACUUGAAUUCCUUUUUGAAAUAACAGCAGCGGGAGACAUUGAUGUCUGUGAUGCAAGUGCACACGCUGCCUUCAACUUGUAUGUGUUUUAUUGCUGGAGUCAUGUUACUGACAGGAUAAUGAAAUUGCAAAGAAAAUGUGUUAUAUUCAACUUUGCCUUGAUAAUAUAAACACUUUGUUCAUUUUUUUUUUCUUCUUUUUUUAUUCACAGACUAAGUUCAUCAGGAAAUUAUAAAAUUAUUUAAAAAUUC